AAUGUGUUUUCACUGUCAUGAUGGGGGAGGGGCAGAGGGAGGUUCUGUGUAGAAACAGAGAGUCCAAUGUUUCAUAUUACACUCCUGGGCUGGGGAGGAAAAAAAGAGAAGAAGAAGAAGAGGAGGAGGCAACUUGGGGCUUCUUUUCUUCAGAGGCAUUUAACUGGGAGUUUAUGGAGGCUGCAGCCGUGGAAAAUGAAGAUCUCCUCUGUGGUCUUCGCUCUCCUGACUCGAGCACUGCUUGGAGAUUUGUGUUUGGCCAUUAACGUCACCAUCAUCCCAUCCCCCUUUACCGUGGCCCAGGAGGGUCAAAACAUCACACUCUCCUGCGUCGUGUCCCAGCGGCGCCGCAACGCUGCUUUGCCAGUGGUGAAAUGGACCUUCCUGCCAGAGGGCACUGAUCGGCCAGAGGAUGAACUCCUCAUCGCCCGCGUCAACAUGAGGAAGGCCCGUUUUUAUGGCAACUACACCAAGAGUUUCCCGUGGCCCAAACUGAAGCUGACAGUGGUGAAGCAGGGGAAGAUAUUUGACCUGGUAAUCUUGAACGUGUCCGAGGGGGACCGUGGGCUCUACAUGUGUCGGGUGCAGGAGUUUAAAAAGCACCAGGAUCGCUGGAAGGCUUCGUCAAACAGCACCGCCGCCACUGAGCUCAGAGUACACGUCCUACCGGCCACCAAGGCCAAAGAAAGCCUGUGGAGCUUGUUUGAAGAUGUGUACCUGUGUGCAGUGCUGAUCUGCUCAGUGGGUUUGCUGUGCAUGUGCAUGUUCACGGUGACGGUAACCUGUCAGUACAUACAGAGGAAGCAGAGGUUAAAAGAUAAUUACCACUUGGUCAAAAGCCCUCAGAACAGCUCAGGAGAAACAGUCACCAGUGUGGUCAGUGUGUCUCCUGCUCUGCCUAAGAAGGAGAGGAGGUACAGGAAGAAAAGGAGCAGAGACUACCAAGAGGAAAUACCACCAGAGAUACCAGCAAAAGCUCCCAUUGGAGACAAAACACGGAAACCCAAACUUUUAAAACCACAACCAAGGAAAGUGGUGUUGCCGAAGAUAGUGGAGGAGAAUCUGACCUAUGCAGAGCUGGAUCUGGUAAAGCCAAUUCCAGAAACCAAGGCGUCGUGCAGCGGCACUGUGUACGCUCAGAUACUGUUUGGGGAGCAGCAGCUAUGAGAAGAACGCCACUAGUUACGGUGCCUUAUGUAAAAAGAAUUGUCUAUUUAUAGUCUGUAUUAAGGGCAAAAUUAUGUCUCACAAUUAUGACACAAUUGUAAAUAUGAUUUUUUUUAUGUUCUUUGAUAUUACUUUUUUAUGUGACCAAGAUGCAUACUGGAGUAUUUCAUUUUUUUUUCUUUUGCACCAUGUUUGAAUCCUGUGUAGCUUAAACUGGGAACACAGUGGAAGACUUUGGUGCUGAUUUAAACCAGAUUUGUCUAUCAUGAAGUCAGAGGGAGGCUGAAUACAUGAACUCGCAGGCUAAUCUGAGUGUUCACAUCAAGCGUUUGCAACAUGGUAUCACCUGAUACUAUAAUCCCGGAUACAGGCACCAAAGUCUGCGUAGUUUGGUUUGUUAAGUGGACCCAUGGUACUGAAUUCCCACCCAUACGCCCUUCUGAACCAAUCACUAACAGCGCCACUGAUCGCAAGCGCAAUGUUUGACACACAUAGCUGUCAAUCAUGAUGUCAAACCCCCUUUUUAUAGCAUCAAAAAACGACUUAAAACCAAACUUACUAGAAAAAUUAGCAGCAUGCUAAAAAUUACCUGAAAUAACAGAAACCAACUUUAGUGAAAAUUUAUUUGACUUGUGCUUUGAUUUUUUUGUUUUUUUUAGUUUGGCCCAUGUCCCGUUCAACUUGGAUGGGGCGGGUUUUCCACUUCUUUUUCAAGUGUAUUUUCUUUGUGCACGUUGUAAAAUAGUGGAAAUGCAAAAAAUUCAAAAAACAUCUAGAAAUUCUUUUUUUUUUUUUAAAAAAAGGUUUUAGGCUUAGGGGAGUUGGAAAAGUACUCCUGUCUGGGGAAUUAGUGCUACUGACUGUGUAUCUCUACAAAUCAACUCCCAGUAUUUGCAUAACAGUAGUGGAGAAAAAAGGUGCAUAAAGUAGACGUAACUAAUUUAUGCCCUUUGGUUUUCAUACUUACUCUUUAUUAAACUCUUAUUUCUCCAUACUCCAGGACAAUGAUUUGGUUUCAAUUUUACAGGUGAUUCAUGGAUAAACCAGCUAGACUGGCCAUCACAAGUUGGUAUGACCAGCUAAACCAUCAAAAAUAAUGCCAAAACACACCUUAAGCUGGUCAAACAAGCUGGUUAACCAGUUUAACCAUCUUAAGCUGGUCAAGCUGUUUUUUUCAGCAGGGUGUUGAACCUUCCUCCAGUGUUUGGGACUUUCCCAAGCUAAGCUAAUAGCUCCAUGCUUAAUGUACAGACAUAAAAUAAGUAUCAGUCUUAGCAUCUAAGCUAUUUCCCCAAAUUUUGCACUAUUCCUUUGAACUCAUAGAUACACAUUGUUUUAGAUGGUGGCAUUGUUGUACAUUAUAUCAGAUGAGGGCUCUAUCUGUAAGCAGCAACAUGUCAUACUGGUUCCUGAGAUCCAUAAGUCUUUGACAUUUCGUAAGCCAGCUGUUUAAACUCACUAUCAUGGUGAAACCAUGUCCAAACCGAUUUACAGACAAAGUAACUUUAAGAUAUCCGCUGUUAUGGAUAUGAACCAAUGCAUUUUCAAAUGUGAUCUGUGUGUUUCCAGCAUUAUCUGCCUUACAGCAUCUGUGUUCAGUGUGAUUCUGUUUGUCAGACUGCUGUUUGUAAGGACUACAACUCCACAGAGUUGAUAUUAAAGUAGCAAUUUGCCCCCCGACCUCCCUUCACAUGCAAGUAUGUGAGACCGUGCAUGCCCUUUCAUCUGGUGCCAACAUCAACUUAACAGGCCGUUAGCGACACACACACAAACACGCAUGCAAAGGUGGAGUUACAUAUAGGCUAAACACCCUUGUGGGCUCACUUAGACACAUGCUAUAAAUCCAAAUUCACCUGAACUACAAACAGGGACAAACUAAGACCUGUUUUGGGACUGUUCCACAACAAAAAGUCUUAGUUUACUCCAAAUUUUAAGGCAGUUUUGUUGUUUGAGAUGAGAUAAGAAGCCAUAUCGGCUGUACUCCCACAUACCUUGAUGCGGUCCCCUUGCUUUCUCACUUUCCAUGAAUUUGAGUGUGAAAGUGCUUAGGCUUCUUUUUCCAUUUAAUGAUCCUUUUGGAUUCAGGCAUGGAAAAGCAAAGGAGAGUUUUUUAAACAGUGAACUUGAAACCCAGACACAAAGGCACCGGAUCCCUCCCUUCCCCCAAGACUCCCACUAUCUUCUGUGGAGUUAUAUGUGCAGAUGGAGCCUCUCACAAAUACAAGUCUUACGUUUUGCUAGUUGCCAGAAAAAAACGUUGGUAUUGUACAUUUAAGCAAACCAUAAAUACAUUGCAUUUGUAUGUUUUAUACAUAUCAUAUCAACAUUUGUAAAGUGAUUUAAUAUAAGAUGACUGUGUCCUCAGUGGUGGAGGAGGAUGGAGGACAGUGUGUCAGCUAGGUGAGAUGUCUGCCAAAGUGGAGACCAACAAACAACAAAACAGUUGUGAUUUUAAGAGUCACUGAAAAUCAGUUGUUUUUUACAGAGACAUCGCUGCUUUUCCUACUAGGAUUUUGCCCUCCAAACAAGGUACUAUAAGCCAAAACAAUAUCUUUUCUAACCAUAACCAGUUUUGUUUGUUAUUUUGCUUAAUCCUAGUUGCAUGCUAACUACAGCAUUGUUGUAAAGAUUUUCGACAUAUCCACUACAUAAAAAGAUGUUAGUGUAACGCAUCUGUCAUUUACAGAUUGGUUAAAUUGGUUGAUUAAAUUGGUUAAAUCUACCUUUUACCUUAUACCUUGUGAUUUGUACCUUGUACCUUGUAAAUACUGACACUUUUUUUUUGGCAAUUAAGUGUUUUGCACACUUUCAGCCAAGCUAAACCAGCUACUUAUCAGGUAACCAGAUAUUUAAAAAGUAUUUAGAUUUUACUUUUCUAUAAAACAUUAACGAGUGCACUUAUAGGCCUAUGUUGUAUUUGAUUUUGUAAUGACUUUUUAAGAAUCUGUGUAGAAACUUGGGUUAGUUAGCCAAUAGCUUAUGAAAUUAGUGUAACGAAAGAAUCAGACUACAGUCACAAAAAGGUUUUUUGUAUCUGUUUAAAAAUGUCAAGAAAGUCAAGUAGGUUCCAAGAAUGCGCUGUGGAUGGUCGCAUCGGUGUAUCUUUUCUGAUUUGAUGAACCCCCAGCAGUUUUUGCACAGAAGCUGAUAACAAAAUGGCUGCCAGGCAGGGAACACUCAAAAAAUCCCAAAACUGGAUAGGACAAAGAUUUCCAGCUGUCACCUCAACUUAAUAACCCAUUUUUACAGCAAGCUGGUGGUUGACAUUCACUAUUCCCCUUUUGCAGAUAUAAUACAUUUUAAUUCAAACCACUAUCGACGUCUAUGUGUCACCACUCCGGUUUUCCAUUGUUGUUCUCUUUUGUACAUUUCAGUUGCUUGUUAUGUAUUAUCCAUGUAUGAAAUGACUGAAAGUGACUUUUCAGUGGCGGGCAGAAGUGUCGUAAAAAUGCCCUUAGACUGUGAAAUGUAAAGUUUCUUCCAGACCACAUUGUCCUUAAUGGGAGUCCACUAACGAGAACCAUGUGUGUGAACUGUGCCUCUCCCUCUCCCCUCACCCUGCCCACCACUGACCUCUGUGUUCAUCAACAUUCCUGCUUUUUUUCACUUGUUCUUUUUGUACAUUUCCUCUGUACAGUAGUGUGUAUCAGUAAGUGAAAUAAAUAUACAAAUGAAUGUGAGUAGUAUGAUGCACGAAAGGGGUUUUAGCAAUGGUAGCAGCAUUGCUUUAUGUUCUGUAUGUCCUGACUAAAAUAUCUCCACAACUACUGGAUGCACAUGAUAGUAUAUAGAUAUAUUUGUAACCCCCUUUGGAUAAAACUCUUUGACUUUG